AUGGCUUCUUCUGCAGUUGACCAACCUGAGGGAGUGGAUGAGACCAUCCUGACUCUUCGCAAAGUUCUCGUUAAUGAGUCCGAGCCGCUUGCUCGCCGAUUCCGCGCCCUGUUCUCCCUGAAGUACAUUGCUUGUUUGCAACCACCCACCGAGAAGACAUUACCUGCGAUCCAGGCAAUUGCAGCUGGUUUUACGUCGUCCUCGGCUUUGCUGAAGCAUGAGCUCGCAUACUGCUUGGGCCAAACUCGUAAUCCAGACGCAGUCUCGUACUUACUGGAAGUGGUGAAGAACACUGAACAAGAUGCAAUGUGUCGCCAUGAAGCCGCAGAGGGUCUCGGUGCUCUGGGGUUUGAUACUAGUCUGGAUGUCCUGAAAGCCUUGCGGGAUGAUGAGAAAGAAGAGGAUGUUAUUAGGGAGACAUGUGACAUCGCCGUUGACAGAAUUCUUUGGGAGAAUUCGGAAGAGAGGAAGAGCGAGAAACUGAAGCCUAGGUACUACAACCGUUUCAAAUGCCCCCCCAUCUCCACAAACAGUUUUCUGGGAAGUUCUUCUAAUUCCCCACCACUCCCAAUGGCGUCCAGCCAGCCUUCUAUUUCCGACUUGGAAAAAACAUUGCUUGACACAAAGCUCCCUUUGUUCCAAAGAUACCGCGCUAUGUUUGCCCUGCGCGACCUUGCUUCGCCCCCAGAUCUUCCUACAGCUGUCGAAGCUGUCGAAGCGUUGGCAAAAGGACUCAAGGAUCCGUCUGCUCUCUUCCGCCAUGAAGUUGCCUUUGUAUUCGGUCAGCUCUGCCACCCGGCAUCUGUUCCUAGUCUCACAGAAACCCUCAGCGACCAGAAAGAAAUGGGUAUGGUGCGACACGAGGCUGCUGAGGCUCUUGGUAGCUUGGGUGAUGUUGAAGGUGUGGAGGACACCCUAAAGAAGUUCUUGAACGACCCAGAGCAGGUGGUGAGAGACAGCAUUAUUGUGGCUCUAGAUAUGGCGGAGUAUGAGAAGAACGGGGAGAUGGAGUAUGCGUUGGUGCCGGAUUCAGCAGCCCCUGCUGCUGUAUCUGCUGCUUGA